UGUGGAAAAGUAAUUAAUUACUCAUAGUGCCACCUUAAACCUAUAGAAAAACCAAAUUCGCGGCAGCUACAACUACAAGAGGUACGCGGGGCUCGAGGCAGGACGGCCACUCACUCACUCACUCACAUGUCCGCGGUCGAUCCACGGAUCGGUCGACACGCAGACGAACAAAUGUGGGAAGCUUUGGGACGAGGGCUCGAUCCGUUCAGAGCAGUUCGUUUCCAGCUGCGUGCCUUCGUCUCCUCCUCUCUCCCCAAUCCCCAUGCAUCUGCAAGAUGUACAGCACAACAAGUCAGAGCCUUGGAAGCGCAGGAAGAAGAGCCGGUACUCCUACGUAGCAGAAUCUCACGCGCAAGAACCGGUCCGAGCGGACCCGACGAGCUAGCGGCGGACGGUCGUGCUAGACGAUAGGUCACGGGAGGAGGAGGGAGCUGUGCGUGCUGCUCCGCUUGGCCUCACGCGCGCGGCGCCGAACGCUGCUCCGUCAGAUUCGAGAUCGCACGCACGGGCGAGCCAGCCGGAGCCGGAGGACGCGUGCGCGCGCGCUGACGCGGCAGAUUCGGCCCGUCGCGUCAGCGUUCGUCACGGACUCGCGUGCUGUCAGACCGGGUCAGGGCAGGGCAGGGCAUGGCGUGCUGCUUUGCUGCAAGAGGUAAUAGCACGGCAGGUCCUUCAACUUGUCUUGUAUGUGAUGGUUUGGUCCUCAAAGUUGCAAAAGUAGAUUAUUUGGUCCUCCAACUUGUCCUCAAGGUGCAUAUUUGGUCCUGGCCCAAUCAGCAACAGCCAAGUGGAGCCAGCUGGGCUGAGCCGGUCAGCUUCGCACCUUUUGCAUUUAGCCCCUGCCGUUUAACGGAAUUAACUCGCGGGACACCACAUGGCGCCAAUGCCCGGCACCGCGGCGAGCUUGGCUGGCACGGUGCCGGAGAGGCGGUUGUGGUCUACCGCGAGGAACGACAGCCUGGGCAUCGCCGCAAUGGACUCUGGGAUGGUGCCCGCGAGGCGCACGUUGGACAGAUCGUGUCCCCGGCCAGGGAGCGCUACCCCGCCGGCGAACGCCUGUCUUCCAACCUCGCCGUAUCCUUCUUCUCCCACCAGGCCUCCCCAGCCAUGGCAGCUACAGGGCUGAACGCGUAUGCGCGGCCAUACAGCCGCCGCUCCGCCCGCGCCCACCUCACUCCGCUAAAGCCCCAUCCUUCCACGAUGCUGGGGUACCACGGCCACGCCGGCUACCCGGCGCCUUCCCCGUUCGCCGCCAAUUACUCCCGCGCCACCUUCCCCGAGCACCACUACCCCGGGGCCCUCCCGCCGCGGCCUUUCUUCCGUGAGCACGUCGCCGCGCCGCGUUACGACCGUCGCCCGCGCGGGGUCAUGUUCGAUCCUGAGAAGAUGUACGCGGAGGUGAUGCACAGCUUCAACUACAAGCAUAAGGGGCGAGCGGCCGCGGCCGGGAAGGGCAAGGGAGGACCCGUGACUCGCCCUCUGUUGCCGGCGGCACCGCCGUGCGGGCCGCGGGGGCAGCGGGCCAGGGGCAGGAGAAAGGUGUACGUGCCGGCCGCACGCGCCGGAGGUCGCCGUCGCCGUCGCUCACGAGGCGGAGGGCGUGGCCGGUGCCCCCGCCGGCCUGGGCCUGGCACGGCCGCAGCCGCACGACCGUGUAAGCGACCAGCUAGCCCAGCCACGCUACGCCUUCCCGGUUCUCCACCGUUGUACUGUUCAGUUCGUGCCUGCGUUUUAGCUGAUGGAUCUUUCGCCUUUUUGGCGUGCGCCGUCGCAGGCGCGCCUUGAUGAUGAAGCUGCUCGACGACCCCUGCGCCCGCGUGAACAGGCGGCACGGCCCCGGAGCGGUGGCCGCCGCGUCCGAUAUCCUCUACCUGCCCAUGGAUUUCAGGUGAUUCAUCUCAUGCUUGCUCUUCUCUCACGGGUUGACAGGGUGAUUUCUCUUGCCUGCAUUUAUGCUUGUGCGGUAGUGGAGCAGAUUCUUAUCAAGUAGUAUAGUAGCAUCAAAUGGACGAAGCCAACGUUAAUCCUGUAAGUCAGAAAAAUAAGAAGCGUACUUUCAAUAAGUUCCUCUUCUUUUGGCGAGACACAGUUUCACAAAGUACGUACGUACCGACUUGUUUUGUGUGCUUUGGUGUUCUUUAUUAUUAUUAGUCAGGUAUAAUGAUCUUUCCGUCUUGCAAAAAUAAAUGGGUUAGUCUAUGUCACAUCUAGAUGUGAGAUAAUACCUCACGUCUAAGUGACAUCGUCCUCUAAAAAUCUGUCCCACCUCGUUUGACAAACAAAAAAUUCGGCUUGUUUGUUUGUCGAUCUCCCACCUGGCCUGUUGUUUGUCUAUCGUCAACACUCGCCCACCCAUCCCGACUACCCCCACCUGGUGGGCCUUAUAAGUUGGGCUUUUGUAUUGUCUGUUUGUUUGUCUCAAAAUUUGCUCACGGGCCUGGCCCUUGUUUGUUAUUAGUAGAAAAAGACCUUGCUUGCUUGUAAAAGAAGUUGACUGCAGUUGACUGCAGAAGCUUGAUCAACAAUACAUUAGCCGAUGAUGCGAGAUCAAGAAUUUGCGUGAAAAUUACACCAAUAUGAUCCCAACAGAAAACAACUUAGCAAAACUUCAAAAAAAAACAACUUAGCAAGAGGCCCUUAACAAAAGCCUUGAUUAUUCUCCCAGUUCUUAUUAGUACAACGGUCAUGCAACCAACAAAGAAAAAAAGCCCAAAGAGUCACAUCACAUGCAGCAGACAUGGGCUAUCUUCCCAAAAGAAAAAGAAAAGGCAGACAUGGGCUAAGGCCCUCACGCAUGACACGAACAGGCAACAGGAACACAACGUGCAACCGACAAACACGGCAAGCGCGGCCUGGGGAUAGCAGGCAGCGACAAGAGAUCAAGACGUUUACACGAUUUUUUCAGCAAUUAGAUCGUGUGGUGGAGAACUUAGAUGUGAGAUACUAUUUCACAUCUAGAUGUGAAAUAGCAAACCUGGAAAUAAAUAUGGCAGAAUAUCAACCAUACCGUAUGUGCAAAAACUGCAAACUGUGCAACUACCAACUAAAAAUAUGUGCAGCCUUUUAGUAUAUCUGUAAAAACUAGUAGUACUAUCUCCAACAAAGCCCCUGGAAGAAGACAAACAACCAAAGCAAGCGAGGGAAACAAACAGCCAAUGAAAGCAUGCAUAACUUUAGUUUGGUCUUCCAGCCUGAAUGAAUCGGAGUUAAAACGGUCACGAUCUUCUUCUGUUUUGCAACGGGCAAAUUAAAGCAGGCAGCGUUGCAACAACAAGGGGUGCGCGGUCGUCAACGGCGGCCGACGCGGCGCGCGGGCGGCACUACGCUCUACACGGCCGCGGCUGGAACCGUUCGCUCGGCAAGGCGUACAUGCAGGCAAAGGCUGGUGAGGCACUUCAGCCGCUCCACCUUCGCGUGCUACACCGAUGAGUACCUCCCGGUUGUCUUCUCGCCGCCACGCGACGGUGCCGCCGACCCGCCCCCGGCCGAGCCUAGGCACCUCGGUCGACGUGUCCCUCCGUGCGUCCCUGCCGU